UUGACCCGAUCUUUCUCUUUGAAACGUGAACCGGAUAAACUUUUUUUUUGUUUUUAAGCGAAAUGAAUUGUCUUCUAUUCGCUUAAUUUUUCGCCUGUUUUGCUUGGAUUUAUUUAACUCGUCGCCGCCUGUCGUCGGUUUUUAAGUUUCUAGAAAAAAUCUAAAUCUAAAAGAAUAUGAAUCGUCGUUGUCAGUAGACGUAGCUAGGACACGCUCGUCAUUGGCUGGUAACUAGGAAGUUAUUAAAAAUAAUUUCAGGGGCGCGAAACCAAAGAGCAGAUACUGCCAUCGUUUUUUCCCACUGGAGCUGCAGGACCCCUCCAUCGUUUGAAGAAGUCCGCUAUUUUGGGCCUUAGCUCCCUUCUUUUUUUUUUGUUCGCCAUGUGUGAAAAGAUCAAGAAGGUGAACGGCUGGCUCAGCGCGGUGUUCGGAGAUCAGCCGGUGCCACAGUUCGAGGUCAACACCAGGACAGUGGACGUCCUGUACCAGCUGGCUCGGUCCAGCGAAGCCCGGUGCAGGGACACGGCUCUCUUCAUAGAGGACAUCAGGCAGAAAGCGUCGGAGUAUCAGGCCGAGGGUGCACAUCUCCAGGAUGUCCUUCUACAAGGUGUCGGCCUGUCCUGUGCAAGCUUGUCAAAGCCCGCCGCUGAAUACCUGUCCGCUUUAGUGGACAAUGCUAUGGUGCUUGGAGUGAGGGACACAUCACUGGGCAGCUUUAUGCCAGCAGUGAACAACCUCACCAACGAACUUCUGGAAGCAGAGAAGUCAAACAGAAGACUCGAGAGGGAACUCGGGGCCCUCAGGAAGAGACUGGGUGCUACUCUGGUGCUGCGGAGCAACUUACAAGAGGAUCUCGACAAAACUGUCAAAGCUCAGGCAGUGGAGAGCGCUAAGGCGGAGGAGAGACUUCUCAACAUGGAUUUUGUGACUGCAAAAGCUAAAGAGCUCGGCAACAGACGGGAGAGGGCAGAGGCUCAACUUGUAUCCAGGAACAUGGACAAGUCCAUCACCCACCAGGCUAUUGUGCAGCUCUCCGAGGAAGUCACCACGCUGAAACAAGAAAUAAUCCCCUUGAAAAAGAAACUGGAGCCUUACAUGGACCUAAGCCCAAGCCCAUCUCUUGCUCAAGUGAAAAUAGAAGAAGCAAAAAGAGAACUGGCUGCAAUUGAUUCCCAACUCGAGAUGAAUGUGGAUUUCAAGUGAAAAUGUUUUGUAAUGUUUUGUAAUGUUUUCUGUUUUGAGCUGUACCAUUUCCGUGUCUGACAAAAAUAAUAAA